AUGAGUAUGUGGGGUGCCGCAGUAUCCAAUCCUCCGCACUACCAUUACGUGCAAGGGCCGAAGAGUGCGGGCCCACAGCGCGGUCCCGCGGGCCCCGUACUUUCGGGGCCCAGCGUGAGACAUUUGAGGCCGCAGUCCUCGUAUUCGCUCCCUCACGGCACUAACGGGCCGGGGCGCUGGGGCUGGUCCGGUGGCCACGCUUCCUCGUUCGACCGCAGACAGUUGAAGGUGCCGCCUCAGCCCGCCCGCCCCGCACCCUCGCGGCCCGCGCAAAGCAGAAAUACCGCUUCUUAUAAGGUCGAUCCCGAGCUGAUCUUCACGAAGCAAGAGAAGAUCGGCAAGGGCUCCUUUGGCGAGGUGUUCAAGGGCGUCGACAACAGGACGCAACAGGUUGUCGCCAUCAAGAUUAUCGACCUCGAGGAAGCUGAAGAUGAGAUUGAGGACAUACAGCAGGAGAUCAUGGUGUUGUCGCAGUGCGACAGCCCCUACGUCACAAAAUAUUACGGAUCAUACUUAAAGGUUCAGUUGACCUUAGAUUCGCCGCCGUGUUGGUUCUAUUAUGACGCUCGGUAUCACUGCAAUGCGGGCCGGGCGCGGGAGAAAGCAGGGGGGCCCGGGCGCGGCCCGCCGGCGAAGUUGGAAGGUCAAGUUCCGAAAGUUCUCAACGCUCCUCAUUCGGAUCUGCGUCUGGCACCGCGCCUG